AAAGAAAAAAAAGUAAGCGGAUGACGUUUGUAUCUUCUGCUAUCUGAUAUUUCUGUCUAAUAACCGGUGCAAAAUGAUGUUACUUUCAAUUAUGUGUAAUUUGGGUUUUAAUUUUUAAUUACAUACAAUUUGCAGGGGAAGAAAUCAUCGUAAUAAUAUUGAAGUAUUACGGAUCAUAUUCCUAUAUAAAUUCGAAUAAAAUAUAUAUUCUACAAAUUAUGGAUUUCUCUGAUUUUAUUAAAAAAUAAGAAAUAAAGAUAUGUAUUCUAUAAAAACACCUUCGCUUCGCAUCGACGAGGCAGAUUUGAAAUGUAAAAAUGGUUGUGGUUAUUAUGGUAACGCAGAAUGGGAAGGCUAUUGCAGCAAAUGUCAUCGAGAACAUUUACAAAAGCAACGAGCACAAAGAGAAGAUACAUCUAAUAAAACUUUACCUACUGGAUAUCAUAAACACGAAGAAAAAAAAUCGCAACAAGAAAAGAAGUAUAAAUUAUUAAAUAUUUCUUUCCGAAAGCCUACAUCAAAGUUACAAGGAUGCCAAGAAUUACUUUAUGAAUUAACAAAGGACAAUUCAGAUCUUGAAAAAGUGAGAACUGAAAAUAGAGAUCUUAUAGCUUCGAUUGUGAAAACACCAGUUGAAAAAGAUGUACGAAAAUGUAUACAUUCAUUUGUAGUAGAUAUUCUUCAGAACAAAGAUAUCAAAAGAAUAGAAGAAUUAUCAGAAAUAACACAGAAUUUUUAUCAAGUGUUUGCUAAACGUUUAGAAAAUAGUGUUAAAUAUACAGAUAUAUCUGCAGAUAUUAAAGAAAGAUUAUUAGAUUAUGUUGAAAAAUAUUCUAUGACAUUAUUGUACAGAAUUCUAUUUUGUCCACCAUUCACAACAGAUGAAGAAAAAGAUUUAGCAAUUCAAAAAAGAAUAAGACAAUUAAACUGGGUCAGUGGCAAGAAUUUAGAAUGUAGAAUUCAUGAAACAAGUUCUGAAGUUAGAGAACUUGUGUAUACAUCUAUAACAGAUUUACUAAAUAUGGAUUCUGCUAAAGCUCCACAAGAAAAAUUAGCAUGUGUUAUUUAUUGCUGUAGAAAUAUAUUUUUGUUAUUACAACAAUCUGUAGGUGGUCCAGCUUCUGCAGAUGAAUUUUUACCUGCUCUUAUUUUUAUUGUUUUAAAAGCCAAUCCUGCACGGCUUAAAAGUAAUAUUAACUUCAUAACAAGAUUUUGUAAUGCUAGCAGACUAAUGACAGGAGAAGGGGGAUACUACUUUACAAAUUUGUGUUGUGCUGUAUCUUUCAUUGAAAACUUAACUGCUGAAUCUUUGAAUAUGGCUGAGAAAGAUUUUAAUGCAUAUAUGUCGGGAGAAAGAGUACCACCAAAUACGUGGGAAUCAGCACUAAUGAUGUGUGAAAGCUUGCAUUUGAUGUGUGAAGAUAUAACGUUACUUGAUAAUUUAAAGGCAAAAAAUUUAGAAAUAAUAAAUGAAGCAAAAGAAUUACAAUCUAGAAUGACACAAUUUAAACAAGAUAUAGAAGUUAAAGUAGCUGCUGCAAUUGAGAAAUCACCAUUAUUAAUAACGCAUAGUCAAAAAUUGCCUACAAAUUUAGAUUCAGAUAAUAUUGAAAACUACCAGUUACCUCCGCCUAUUAUACCUCAGGUAUAUUCACACCCUGUUAGCGACCAAUCCAAUAACACUUUACUGGCAAAUAAUUCAGUUGAUUUAAGAACUUCACUGAUGGAUGAUUGUAUUACACCGUCUCCAACAUUUGAUUUUCCUUCCUUCACUGGUGAUGGUAGUUUAGAUGUUAGUAAAGCAGAUGAUGAAACAAGUCUAAUCAGUUUAGAUACACAAUGUGAUUUAUUGAUGACUGAUUCUCAAUUACAUGAAAAAGAUACACCUGAUAUAUUACUGGGAAAUUCAAGUACUUCUAAUGCAAAUCUCGUAUCAUCUAUUGAAUCAAUAGGUCAAGAAGAUUAUCAUGGUUUUACUAUACAAGGAUCCCAUAUACCAACAAUUCCUUGCAGUACAGGUGAUUUGUCCAUUAAUUCUGCAGAAUUGUCAUCGGAUAGUCAUUAUUCUACAUAUUUCCACAAGAUGUAAUGCUAUUUAUAGAUUUAGAAAAUUAUUCUUGGAAUAAUCACACAUGAUAAAUUUAAAGAGAAAAAUUAUUAAUAGAAAAGAGAUUAGAGCAUUCCUUCUUAUGAAUAUAUAUAUAUAUAUAUAUAUAUAUAUAUAUCAAGUAUUAAUUUAGAAUUAAUGCUUAUUAUUAUCUAUUAUUAUCUAGAGUACUUUUGACUUUAUUCAUUAACAAAUUAAAUCAAUAUUUCAAUAUAUUCAGUGAAAGCUAAACAAUUAUUAUCGUUAUUGUAUAUAAAUAAAGUGAUCUAAUGUAAGAUUUCAGUUUUGAUCAUAUAUUAACUAGAUAGCAAAUAUUUGGAAUGUAUACAUUUAAAUUUUUUAGUAAUAUACUUUUUUAUUUAAUUUGUGAUAUAAUAAAUAAUGGUGAAGUAAUAUUUAUUAUAUAACAAGACACGUUUUGCUGGAGUAAAAAUUUCUAUAGAUUGUUUUGAAAAUAAUUUGGAAAUGUAAUAAUUCGCGUGAAUAUACUUUAUUAAAUUUCAAUAUAGUAUUAUAAUUUCUUUUCUAAAUACGAUAUGAACAGUGGAAUGUUGUGCGUGUGUAUAUAUACAUUUUCUAUUCUUAUUAUUAAAACACAAAAUAUGAUAAUAUGUAUAUAUUUCAUAUGGAAAUCGACAUCGCGAAAGAAUACAUUUCGGAUACCCAAGUUUUAAUUCAAAUGAUUAAAAGAUUAUUUAUUACGAAGUGUAAAAAAUAGAUUGCACCGCCUAAAAAAUGAAGAACUGCUUAUAUUAUUACAAAUUAUUCAUGAGACUCAAUCCCAAUGGAAGAAUUCUCAUCGAAUUGUUUCUUAGAUCCGGAUUAUGAUUCUUGAUAAAUAUUAAAUAAAUACCAAUCUACAACAAUGCCAUUUCAAAUCAUUUAGAAAAAGUGAACAGCUUUGAGAGUUGUAUAAAUUUCGAUAUUUUAGGAAUUAGCGUAUAGAAAGGAACUAUGCAGAUACAACACAACCAAGAAACUUAUAAAUAUAUAUUUACAUAUAUACACUUAAACACGUUCUUCGUAAUAAGGCUGGAGAUGUACUCAUCGUCAGUAUUCGUUUAGCUCUCUAAUCGUUUUAACGCUUUAAAAUGGAUAAAAGAUACUAUCGUAGUAAGAAAGGAAGACCUAAUCGUCUGCGAAAAAGAAAGUUUACUGGAAUUAUUCACAUGUUUAAGACAUCAAUGUAUUUUAUAAAUAUAUUCGUGGAAAAGUUCUCCAAUAAAAAAUGAUUUUCUAUCGCCGUGGAUCCGAUGAUAAAAAUACUGUAAGAUAUUACUUUUUUGAAAUAUGUAUUUGUGGUUACCAUUAGUUAUUUUAGUAAAGUGUUUAGUAAAGUGACGGUGAAAUUUCUUUUAAAAAAUUUGCUGAAGGAGUCUGAUUUUUGUCCUUGUUAACGAUCGUCUCUGAACUUUUGCCGUUUUAUCGAUAUUUUUUUCACCAUAAUUCUUUCAAAUCGAAAAAUUGUUUUCAUAAUGAGAUCACUACGUGUUGAAAUAUCCGGUAAAAUUUAUUUUCCUUAUUCAUAGAUACCCACAGUGGUAUGAAUAAUAGUACGUAUUUCGAUGCUCUAUAUACUAUUUCAACUGCUUUGAAGAGUAUAUACGAAAUGUUGAUAAAGAAAGUAGAAGAAGAAGAAAAAUGAAAAAAUUCUGAAGCAGAAAAAUCUUUAUACGAAUUAAUUAUAUCCAAAAAUAGAGCAUGGACUAAAAGAUUUUUAUUUUUUGAAAUUGAAAACAGGAAAAUAGACAAACAGAAUGUUAAAUCGAGUUGCUGCAGAGUCUUAGAUUUGAAAGGAAAAAAAUCAAACACUUAGGAAUAUGAAAUGUAGUAUGAAAGCUAUGAAAAAAAUUGUAAAUGUAAUUCUGCAGGUUUUAUGGGUAAGAUGGAAGUCGAUAGAGUAUUGAAAUAUUUCAGUAUAUGUGAUAUAAAAUAAAUAACUUUUAACACGUUAUUUUUUGAAAUA